UUCGGACGUGUCCGUUUUCGCGUGGGCUAUUAAAAACAUCCACACCUCCUAGUAGGACACUUCACUUCACCGUGUAAAUUGUACCGAAAUACAUUAAUAAUAUUAAAAUAUAGUAUACAUAAAAAAAAAAAGUGUAUAGAUAUUUUGACGGAGUUUUUAAUGGUAAAUGAAGUGAUUUUUUUUUUUUUAUAUUUAUUAAAAAUAAAAUAAACGAAAAAAUAGGGCAACUAAGAAAAAGAGGGAAAACUAGUUCGCUUUUUUCUUUUCACCUUCACCGUCACCGGUUAGAAAAUCAUCACUUUAGCCUACGAGUUCAAUUCGUUAUCAAACCUUGUCGCAGUCUCUUACGCCGUCGCCAAUUCUACCGUCAGGAUUCAUGGAAGGAAUAGCGAUGCUGCCGAUCCUCGUCACGUUUGCCGUCGUCCUGCCAUCCGCAAUGUCAAUCACUUCUAAACCAAAUAUUGUUUUCAUAAUGGCUGACGAUUUGGGAUGGAAUGAUUUAAGUUUUCACGGGUCUGACGAAAUCCCAACGCCCAACAUCGAUGCUCUAGCGUUCAACGGUGUUGUGCUCAACAACAUGUACACGCAACCGGUGUGCACACCGUCUCGAGUGGCUUUGAUGACUGGAAAAUAUCCGAUUAAAUUAGGUAUGCAAGGUCCUCCGAUUUACGGUGCCGAACCCAACGGUUUAUCGUUGUCCGAGAAACUGUUGCCGGAAUACUUCAGAGAAUUAGGAUACACGACUCGAGCCAUAGGAAAAUGGCAUUUAGGUUACUACAGGACAGCUUACACGCCCACGCGACGCGGUUUUGACUCGCACUUUGGCUACUACACUGGAUACAUCAGCUAUUACGAUUACAUCCUACAAGAUGUCUACCAGAACUUCGGCGAGUUCCACGGAUUUGAUAUGCGCAGAAACGAUACGAUCGCUUGGGACGUGGUCGGCAAGUACGCCACUGACGUGUUUACCGACGAGGCGGUACGACUCAUUAAAACACAACCGACCGAUAAACCUCUGUUCAUGUAUUUAGCUCAUGUAGCCGUGCACACGGGUAACAGGGGUAAAUACUUGGAAGCGCCACAGUCGGAGAUCAACAAAUUCAGUCACAUAUUGGACCCAAACCGAAGGACUUAUGCAGCGAUGGUGUCCAAGUUAGAUGAAUCCGUUGGUCGUGUUGUACAAGCACUAGACGAACAAAAAAUGUUGCACAACACCAUAAUCGUUUUCAUGUCGGACAACGGUUCGCCGUCUUUCGACGACUCCGGUCGGAAUUUCGGAUCUGCCGCCGGCGUUACUCCUAAUUGGGGUUCCAAUUUUCCCUACAGAGGUAUAAAAAAUACGUUGUGGGAAGGAGGCGUCAAGAGCCCGUCUCUUAUCUGGGCACCACAUUUUCAAGAAAAUCCUCGCGUUUCCAAACAACUCAUGCACAUCACCGACUGGUUACCUACGCUAUAUUCGGCUGCGGGAGGAAAUCCGGGAUUUUUACCAAAAGAUAUGGACGGAACCGAUCAAUGGACAGCACUUACAUUGAAUUUACCAUCACAGCGUAAUUUCGUUUUGCUUAACAUUGACGAAAAACAGCGUUACGCGGCAAUCAUUAAAGAUAGCUGGAAAUUAAUCGUCGGUGCGACGGCCAACGGAUCGCUGGACGGGUUCUACGGCGCGACCAGGCCGCGGACGCCGUACAACGUGACGGCCGUGAUGUACAGCCCGGCCGGGCGCGCGCUCGCCCGGCUGUCGGACGCGUUGCCGUACGCGAGCGCGGCCGGUGCGCGCGACCUGUUGGCCAUGCGGUACGAGUCGACGGUCCGGUGCGGCCAGUCGGCCGGAGGGCCGCGCGCCCGGUCCCCGUGUCCCACGGGCGAGGCGUGCCUGUUCGACCUGCUGGCCGACCCGUGCGAGACCGUCAACGUGGCCAAGAAAUACGUGGCCGUCAGCGCGCAGCUGUACGAGGCGCUCAAGUACUACCGGCGGCUGCUAGUGCCGCAGACCAACAAGCCGUUCGACCCGAACGGCAACCCGGCCAGGUUCAACGGCACGUGGACCACUUGGACGUACUGAUCACCGUAUGCCUGCACACGCACCGGAAUCAUUAUUAUCAUUAUUAUCGUUACAAUUAUUUAUAUUAGGCACCGGAUAUGAUGUUGUGAUGAGACGAGGGCGACUGAACGUGAACUGCAACCGACAUCUGUAAGAUAUAAUUUAUGUUUUUUUAAAGCUGUUCGUCUAUUUUAAGUAAAAAUCAAUCGAAUGUUCACCUCCCGUGUACGUUAAUAAUGUAUAAUGUAAAUUGAAACUACACGUAUAGAUUUCUGAGCUAUUAGAACACAUUUUGAGUUAAAAAAAAAAAAAAAUGAUUUCCUUAACGUUCAGACCUUAAUCAUUAUCAUUAAUUGUGUUCGCUGUGUUGUGUUCGGGGAUGCCAUUCGUUUGCUCGUUCGAAAGUACUGUGGUUUUCGACUGUCCUCCUGGCAACUACAUCUUACCCGUCCGACCCUUAGGCUAAAUAUCUAUGCCGGUACCUAUCGAGAAUUCAUUUUAAUGGGAACAACUGAUACCAUCGGUUUUCCGCUGCGUUGUAGAUGAAGUCUCUAGGUUAUUGAAAUAAAUAAACGGGUAUCUUAUUUUUAUCCUUUAUUUAUAUUACCGUUUUUUUUUCUUUUUUCAUCGCAGUGGGUUUUCGAUUUUUCGGACCAAUAUAUGUUAAUGUUUCACUUAGAAGUUGCGAUUUUAUAGAUUUUGCAUCAAGCACACAUUUACUAUUGAUUACUAUAACAACAUAAUACAAAUGUGUAACAUUUCAUACUACAGCCUCAUUGUACGUGCAAUAGUGUUAACCUUAAUGCACACGUAAGGUUUUUCUGUAAAUACAGGAACAAAGUACAUUUUAAAAUAUAAUUAAUUAUCACCUAUAAUUUUUUUAAUUUUUCCACGAUAUAUAGU